ACUAAUGCAAACCAACCUGGUGAGUUGGAGUUCUGAGAAGACUGUUUUGACAAGAUCUUGGGAAUUUGCAGGCCCAUAGUCAUCCUCAAGCUCGUUGCAACAGAGCCCACUUGAGUCAGCAGGUGUUACUGCUUGUGGCCAAGUCUCCACACUAGUCACACAGGAGCUGAAUGGGGUGAUGGAGCUGCAGACUGCAUUGGCUGGGAUCCCAUAGGCAGCCUCAUCAGAGCCUCUCCACGACUUGGAUAGAGAAGCUUCACAGUUCUUUUCAGACUGGUGACAGUGGGUCCAAAUAGUUUUUUAGAGGGAGUCCUAGGGGAAAUAAUGUUACUGUUGGCUGUGUACUUUUCUUUGCUGCAUUGCAACACUAGGUGGGAAUUUUAGCUUUUAUGACUGUAGGUGUGUGUGCUAGUGAGUGUGGUUGGCAGGAGCACAGGCUCUGACAUGUCACAGGAGUGUGAGAGACAGGAGGUUGCGUACCAUGUGAAAGUCCUCUCCACACCUCAGUCUGUGUUUUCAUGUGCUUUCUCUCCACAAACACUGUUGGUUCAACCUCUCCUCCACCCCUCCUGUUGCCUAGCAGCUAGCUGAGAGUUAAGACACUGUUGACUUGCCUACACAGGAGCACUUCCUAUAAACACUUCAGACAUAAGCUGCUCUGUGUCCUGCUGGGAGGCUGUGAGAGACUGAGGGGAUUCUGGGGGGAAGCUCCUCACCUGGGAAAAUGACCACAGCCCGAUACCGGCCCACCUGGGAUCUGGCCCUGGACCCCUUGGUGUCCUGUAAGCUCUGCCUGGGAGAGUUCCCCCUGGAACAGAUGACCACCAUCACACAGUGCCAAUGUGUGUUCUGUACACUGUGCCUGAAGCAGUAUGUGGAACUUCUGAUCAAAGAGGGCCUUGAAACUGCAAUUAGCUGUCCAGAUUCUGCCUGUCCAAAACGGGGACAUCUGCAGGAAAAUGAGAUUGAGUUUAUGGUCGCUACAGAGAUCAUGCAGAGGUACAGGAAGCUGCAGUUUGAGAGGGAGGUGCUGCUGGACCCUUGCCGGACCUGGUGCCCGUCCUCGACGUGCCAGGCAGUGUGCCAGCUGAAGGAGUCGGACGUUCCACUUCCCCAGCUGGUCCAGUGCUCCGUCUGCAUGCUGGAGUUCUGCUCGGCCUGCAAGGCCAGCUGGCACCCCGACCAGGCCUGCCAGGAGAACCUGCCCAUCACCUCCUUCCUGCCCGGGGAGACCAGCUCCUUCUACAAGAGUGAUGAGGACGACGCUCCCAUUAAGCGCUGUCCUAAGUGUAAAGUUUACAUCGAACGAGACGAGGGUUGUGCCCAGAUGAUGUGCAAGAACUGCAAGCAUGCCUUCUGCUGGUACUGCCUUGAAUCACUCGAUGACGACUUCCUGCUGAUCCACUACGACAAAGGGCCGUGCCGCAACAAACUAGGCCACUCCAGGGCCUCGGUCAUCUGGCACAGAACGCAGGUGGUCGGCAUCUUCGCUGGGUUUGGGUUGCUCCUGCUGGUGGCGUCCCCCUUCCUCCUGCUGGCCACGCCCUUCGUGCUGUGCUGCAAGUGCAAAUGCAGCAAAGGCGAUGACGACCCACUGCCCACCUAACCAUCGGCCCUCCCCCCCAGCGUCACCCCUGACCCCAUCCCACAUGUUACUAUUACCCCCCUCCAUUUUUCCUCCUUUUGGUUUCCCUUUCGCUCCAGCUUUUGAGCGUAUUCAUCUCCAGAGGCAGGUGGAGGAGGGACAGAAGGAGAGAGAGAAAGAGAGAGAUGCUGCCUUUGAGAGCCCAGUGAGAGAAGAGGAUUCAGAGAGCAAGAGAGGGCUGCAGUCAUAUGGUCCAGGCCUCUGCUAGGAUGGAGCGCGGGCCUCCAUACCCCUUCGCUGGACCGGCUGUGGGAGCGACUCGGAAUGGCCCAGUUGUGCGUCUGUUUUGGAGCCCCGCUGUAGCCACUUCCUGGACUGAGCUGCAGGAUGUGGUUGGCUGGCUGGUUCAUUCGUUGUUCAGUUGGCUGGUUUGUCAUGUGAGUUGGGGGAGGAUGUUCUGGAGUCCUCCCCCCUCACCACGCACACACACACAUACACGCACACACCAUUUUCUCAUCUGUGUGCUUUCUUUGUGUUCUUCAUGUGAUGGUGUUGGCCAUCAAGAGAGUCUGCUCCACAGGACUCCUGGUGAGGUUGGUCAGUCUUUCAUUCUCACCGGUGGGAGACUCUGCUCUGGUCUCACAUCCUUAAUGUAGCUCCUCACUCAGCGCUGGGGCAUGGCCGGACCGAGUUUCAAAGAGAAAAACAAAACUCACUCUGUUGCACAUAAACUUUCGUCUUUCGUCACUUUAAGGGCGGAGCGAGUGUGAGCGGGAGACUCAGGAGUGCUCACCUGUACAGCACACGGAGUGCUCACCUGUACAGCACACGGAGUGCCGUCACCUCAGUUCAAUUGCUUUAUUCUGUCCUAUAGAUGAAUUAUAAGCUGUUUUUGUAUGUACAUGGUGAAUUGAAAUUGUGAUGUCACAACGCUUAUUUCAUAUGUCCUCUUCCCAGUCGGGUGAGGCAGUUGUUUUCGUUGGAUGAGCCCACUUUAGAAUUGAGACGAGGCUCGAGGAAAGCUUUACUAACUUUGCUUAAAAUACCCUCUUCUCUCCAAACAAAAAACAAGGUCUGGAAACCGCUUUGAAUUUUGAAACUUUUUUUCAACUGAAAAAAAUGUUGAAUGUCUGGUUUGUUUGUUGAUUUGCCCAUUUCUUAGUUCAGGCUGUUGACAGUCAUCUCUGCCGAAGCAGAGCUUUUCCCAACAACAUGUUAGCUUCUCCUUACGACAAUGUUCAAAUUCAGAUUUUCACUCUAUCCUGUUUCAGUAUAGACAAAUAACCAUAUUGUUCUGUUUGUGGCAUGGUAUUGUCCCAACUGUAUCUAUAUCCAAAUACCUGUAUCCUAUAUUACUCCUGUAAAUUGACCACUGGUUGCAAACUUGCAUAGUGUAUUUUAAAAAUUGAAUCAAAACAUGGUAAUGGAAGGGCAAGUAAGCAUUUCAAAAGGGCACUUAUAGCUAAAUCUGACAGGGGCACCAAAUGUAGAAAAUCCAGACUGUUCACUUUUCAGAACACGUAUCAUUUUGGUCCUGCACCCUAUCUAUGCAAGUUUGUACCUCUCAACACUAUACACAAAGUACACAUGGUAGUGAAUGUGUGAUUCAAUAAUGUGUGUGGUUCAGUAUAUGUGUUCUCUAAGAUACCGACCAACCUUGUGCCAUUGUGUCAUGCCACUUUAGCGAUGAGAAAGUGGCCAGGCUGCAGCAGUGAUUGGACAGGGCGGUGAGCCGCACCGUCCUUUAUCACUUUAUUGUAGCCAGAACACAUGCACCCACCAGGGCUUUGUCUGUAAAGAAAGUCUGUCCAAACGGUUUUAUGCAUGUUUGGUUAUGUGCAGUUAUUCGCAGCUCUGGUUUGUCCACAGGGAAUCUGUGAGAUUUGUUUGUUUGACACUUGUAGCUCUGGAACGUGCCACCCUUAAUAUCCUUUUGUGUUGAUGGACUACACCUAUAAAAUAAUCACAUUGCACACAACCUCACCCCCCCCCUCUUUUCUUAAUGGUGUUUUCUAUUUUCUUUUAUAUCUGGGUACAUAGUUUGGUCAUUUUCUUCAUGUAGCAAGGAGAGGUGUUCUCUCUCCUCCGCACUACAAGUCUUCACACAAUUUACGCAAAUGCCUUUAGCCUUACGUUAAAGCAUUUAAGCAUUUUACUCAUGUAGCCUUUGAUCCAAACUCUUUAUAUUUCUGCUCCAAGCACAAUCUUUAUUGUGAGAUGCUUUUGUUUGACCCAUCUCCUUUUUGUUCAUUUUGGAUCAAAAGAUAUGUCAUUUGUUCAUUUUAAGGUGGCUAUUUUGAACCCAAUCAAUGUAUGACAAUCGUGCCAAGUGGGUUUCUGAGCUGACAGUGAUGACAAAAAAAAGCAGAAUGUGUAGAGCUUUACUGAGAGGGCAGCAUUACAGUAUGUACGGUUUUGACUCUCUCCUUACGAGGUUUUGUUUUUAAAAGAUCUCUUUUUGAGUAUGUAAAUAUAUUCUUUCUUUAACUAUUCAUCUG